ACUAAAUAAUAGACGGACAAAUACAGGCUAAAUUAAUCGAGCUAAGAUUCUAGCAGCUAAAAAGAAUAACGCAAAAUCAAAGAAGACAUGGAUGCUUAGAUAAUGGUGGAAAACACUCCUUCUCCUCUGCCUGAGAGGGCAAUCUAUGGCUUUGUUCUCUACCUCGGCUCACAAUUUGGCUUCAUUUUAUAUUGUGUGUGGGCAUACAUACCAGAGGAGUGGCUUCAUUCAGUUGGAUUCACUUACUGGCCUCAAAAGUAUUGGGCUUUGGCUGUGCCAAUCUAUCUGCUGGUCGCAUUAACCAUCUCUGUGCUGAUGCUAUUUGGAAUCAACAUGUACAAUACAGCACCACUUGAUUCUCUGGACAACGUUACAGAUGGGUUUGCAAAAAGCCAGCUGAGCGAAGUCACACAAAAGGGUCAAAUACAAAGACUGAAGGAUGUUCCCAUCAGUGAUGUCAAUAAAAUGUUCUACUUGUCACCAUCGACUAUGAAAAAGCUAUAACCAACCAGCAAUGUAUUGUGGAGUUUAUUGUUGCUAUGAAAUAAUUUACUUAAAGCAACACUAGGUAACAUUUGAAAUUAUAUGUAGACUAAAAACUAGAUGAUAGACACCUCUUUUAUAUCUUGAGGGGGCCUGUAUCGCUUUCACCGGCACUAAUUAAUUUUAAGGAAACUAAUUAAUUUUGCGGAAACUACAAAUGGGCUGACUGCUUUACGGCAUACGUCCUUUUCCCCAUUCAUUAUAAAGAAGUCGGAUCAAAAGCUUUCACGCAAAUUCUGCAAAGAUGGCAGAGCAACAAAAACACAAAAAGUUUUGUCUGAGGAGGAAAAAAGGGGGAGGCUACCAGGAUAUACAGAAAAAAACACUGGUCCGGCUUUCACUCCGGUAUGGUGGGGGGGGGGGGGGGUAGCCACACUAAACAUGACAGUUGAUAACCGUCAUAUGCUAUUGUUUAGCCACAACUGGAUUACCUUACUACUAUUCAUCCUUAACGCAGCCGCCGGAAACAGAAAUGUUGUUUAAUCCAUUUUUACGACACUAGGCGGGUGUUCCCUGGUCCUCAUGGGAAAUGCAGCGCAUGUCCUUACAGGGAACGCAGUCUUCCUUAAGGCAAAACAAGACCGCUCUUAUCCACCGGCUCGCUAAAAUCGACCAAAACUGAAAAGUUACCUAGUGUUGCUUUAACUUGUGCAAUUGAUAUAAAGUGUUUUAAAACAGACUCAUCUGGUUGAUGUUGCAUGACAUCCAAUCAAUUUUGUGUGGGAGUUCCAAUGAAAAUGGAUUGGACCUUAGUGAUGUCAAUUGGUUUUUUUAAUCUGCAUUUAAUUCUUUGCUAACUACCAAAUCACCUACUGUGAAUAUUGUACAGAUAUCUGAUGGAGAAAAUGUUUUUAUGGUUGAUAUCUUUUAACAUAAGCUUUCUUGCCUGACUCAUAUAUGUUGUUUAAAAUCAAUUUUCUAUGUGCUUGUUGUAUUGAAAUAAAACAUUCAUGUCA